ACCCAUCGACCACCACCGACACUGAUCUCUCUCUCUCUCUCUCCCUGCCUAUAUAAACUCCUUCUCUUUUGCUUCGUUAAUUAACACACCCAGGCCACGCUGCAGCAGCAGCAGCAGCAGAGAGCUCGGAUUUAACACUCGGGUGAAGCAAGAGAGCAAGUGCAGAAGAGAGAUGGCAUCCCCUCGUCGCAUGGGCAUGGCCGCCGUACCGGCCGUCCUCCUCAUCCUGCUCCUCCUCGUCGCCACAGAGAUGGGGACGACGAAGACCGCGGAGGCCCGGACGUGCGAGUCGCAGAGCCACAAGUUCAAGGGCCCCUGCUUCAGCGACAGCAACUGCGCAACCGUGUGCCGCACCGAGAACUUUCCCCGCGGCCAGUGCAACACGCACCACGUCGAGCGCAAGUGCUACUGCGAGCGGGACUGCUGAGCUUUCUUCUUUGUGCCUUCCGUGUUGAUCUGCGGAUGACCAGAAAUAAAGUUGCUUCGUGUCUGAGGUGAAGAUCGGUCCUGGGCCUACUGCAGCGAUACGUCGCCGUGUUUGCGGCUUCAAUUAGUUUGCGCGGUUAAUGUAUACGAGUACUACUGUACUAGUAAUAACGAUACCACUGACCACUGAUGUAUGUGGCUUCUCUCC